CAAUUUGUGACAUAUUAUGUUAUUGAAUAAUUACAUUAAUAACGCCACCAAAUGUGUUUGGUUUAUUUUUAAUUUGUAAACGCAAUGUCAGCUAUUAAAAGGUGGUGGCGCUAGGCGGGUUAGCUUGUAUUUCUGAAACAUCCUGACAGAUGAGAGAAGAAGAAAGCAGGCAAAAUGGCAGCGUACACAAGAAGCAUGAUCUGCCUGAUUUCCAUGAUAGAGCGACAUGCUUUCCUAACAACCAGGAGCUGUGUCACUGUGGAAUCAAAACAGUAUGUACGCGGACUGAGGAGGAAACCUGUCAGAGUGCUGUUUCCUGAAAACGAGACGGGAAAAGUCAUAAAGGCGCCUCAGAUUCAGUCAGACGAGCCAAAGAUCCAGAGGGAGACCAGGGGAAGAAUCAUAUCUACAGCAACACAGCAUCACGAAGAGAGAAACUCUGUCAGGACGAGGACUGAUGCGCAGUCAGCUACGAAACAUGCUUUUACUGUGACAAAGAAUGAAGUGGACGGACUGCGCUAUGAGAGGGCUUCGCCUGGAGAUAAAAGACUGGCGAGGUUAGUGAGUGUGGCUCGUUCCAGGACGUUUCGGGACCACCAGGGUAAAAUCCUUCUUGAAGGCAGGCGUUUGAUCUGUGACGCCCUGGAUGCUGGUGCUAAACCACAGACUGUGUUCUUCAGCACGGUGGAUCGACUCAGAGAGCUGCCCUUAGAUAAGCUGAGAAGGGCCACACUAGUGAAAGUCAAGUUUGAGGACAUCAAGCUCUGGUCUGACGUUGUAGCCCCACAGGGAGUGAUCGCGAUAUUUUCUCGCCCAGAUCCGUCACAGUUAAACUUUGCAAGUAAAGGUCACUCAGUGCCUUUGUCUCUGAUAUGUGACAACAUCCGGGAUCCUGGGAAUCUCGGGACUAUGCUGCGAUGUGCUGCUGCUGCUGGAUGUCAUAAUGCCCUCCUCACAAAGGGUUGUGUGGAUGUUUGGGAACCUAAAGUUCUCCGUGCAGCAAUGGGCGCCCAUUUCCGCCUUCCCAUCUAUCCCAGCCUUGACUGGGAUGAUGUUGAAAACCAUCUCCCUAAACCCGUGACUGUCCACGUGGCUGACAGCAGUGGCAGCCCCGACAGAAGUAGAGAAGUAAAGGUUAAUGUGUCUCCUGAACCCUCCAAAGCUGGAGAUUACGGCUGGGUCAGCACGAGACCCAACCGCAAAAACAUGGAGUACGAGGAUUACGAUUCGGAUUCGGACUCUGAACAUGAGGGACUUUCACUCCCCAGAGUGGACACUAAGCUGUACUAUGACAGUUGGGCUCAAAGCCCAGCUGCUCUUGUGAUAGGUGGUGAGACGAAUGGUUUGAGCCUUGAAGCAGUCAAGUUGGCAGAGAAAACUGACGGCCACAGGCUCUUUAUUCCCGUUGUUCCUGAUGUGGACAGCUUGAAUUCUGCCAUGGCAGCUAGCAUUCUUCUGUUUGAAGGCAGGAAGCAACUCUUAAAACUACAAACAUCUGGAAGGAAACGUCAAUGUAAAGCUGAGAAAUAGUUUCCAUGAUGCUUCUAUUAAAUAUCAGACUGAACAGUGUCCCAUAUAAUACUCUUAACAGUACAUUUGCAAACUGUGUUUCUGAUUUAUGUGAAUUUGAAUGUGUUGUUUUCUUUCACUGCAAAAAAAACAAAAAUAAAGCAUUAUCUACAGAUAAGCCUAGAUAAA